AUGAAGUUCUCCGCCCUCGCCCUCGCUGCCCUCUCGCAGGUCGCCUCUGCCCACUACUUCUUCGACGUCAGCGCUCUCAACGGUGCUGAGUCCAAGUCCUUCCAGUACAUCCGUGACUUCACCCGUCCCACCAAGUACAACCCCAUCAAGUUCUCCUCCAACCCUUCCGCCGACAUCCGCGACAACUCUUUCGCUGAUGGUGAGGACAUCAUCUGCAACCAGGGUGCCACCGGAACCGGUGGUAACACCGAGGUCCUCGAGGUCAAGGGUGGUGAUGUCAUGACCUUCAAGCUCGCUGUCGGUGCCAAGAUGGGUCAUCCCGGACCUACUCUGGCCUACAUGUCCGCCGCUGGUAGCGACGUCAAGUCCUACAAGGGUGACGGCGACUGGUUCAAGAUCAUGGAGGAGGGUGUCUGCAACGCCAGUGGUGACUUCACCAAGGACGCCUGGUGCAACUACGACGCCCCCUCUUUCGACGUCAAGAUCCCCCAGGGUACCCCCAACGGCGAGUACCUCCUCCGAGUUGAGCACAUCGGUAUCCACCGAUCCCACGUCAACCAGCCCGAGCACUACGUCUCUUGCGCUCAGGUCAAGGUUACCGGUGGCUCCGACGGCACUGUCGACGCCGAGAUGGUCAAGUUCCCCGGUGCCUACAAGGACACCGAUGAGUACGCCAACUUCUCCAUCUACAACGGUGCUAAGGCUUUCCCCAUGCCCGGCCCCAAGGUCUGGGACGGUGCCGCUUCCGCUGGUGGCUCUACUGGUGGCUCUACCGGUGGUAACACCGAGACCCCUGCCGCUGGCAACACUGAGACUCCUGCUUCUACCCCCGCUCCCGAGGCCGGUAACGGUCAGCAGAACGGUGGUGAGCAGGCUGCUCCCUCUGCCGCUCCUUCCGCCGCUCCCUCCGCUGGCAACAACAACGGCCAGAACGGUGGCUUCCAGGGCGGUAACCAGGGUGGUUUCCCCGGUGCCGCCAACCAGCAGUUCCAGGGACAGACUGGUUCCAAAGGCUCUCCCUGCUCCGCUUAA